AAUAAAUUGCAAUUUUUGAGUAUUGUUGUGAUGCACUCUGUUUUUAUUCUCUUCCAGUUUGAACUUUGAAGUUCAUUCAUUGUACUACAAUUCUAAGCUUUUAGUGUUGUAAUUUGUAAUUUAAUUACAUCAUACAUCGGGUUAGAAACUGAUAACGAACUAACGAAGUUGAGAGCUUCCAAUUUCUAUUCUUUAAUCAGAACAAGAAUAAAGAAAUGACCUCAAAAAUAUUAAAUCUUCAUCGUCCCUUGCUAGCUGCAGCUAGAAACAACACGUCUCGUGAACAAACUGUACUUCAUGUGAAAUGUUUGAAAGAAGAUACACCGAAUGCUGUGGAAAUACUGACAGACAUCAGUAAUUCAAAAUUAGCAGAAGCUGAUAUUGAACGUGAACGUGAUGUAAGGUUACGUGAAAUGCCAGAGCAGACGAAUUUACAAGAAGUUGUCUUCGAUUACCAAGCUGGAGCCGGUUGCGUUGAUCAUAACUAUCUAAUUAAUCCAGUUCGACAAGCCGAUAUGGAUCGUCCGCUCAUUCGUUCUGUUCAACAUUCGAUUUCGAGUACGAUAAUCGGGGCCUGGAAUCGUACACGAGGAAUUGGAGCGUUCAAUGCAUCAGCUGUGGCUCGUACUGGACAAUAUAGAUUUUAUUCGAACGUUAAUAAUGAUGAAAGUAGUGUCAAAAAUAUAACCGUUGAGUAUGCCAAAAAUAAGAAGCAAGACCCUUCCGAGCAACGUGACAAGUUUGAAACAGAAUUGGAAGCAGUGAAAAAUGAAUUCCCAGGAAAAGGAAAUGCCGCUUACCAGCUUGGUAUUGCAAAAGCAACUGAUGUCUUCAAACAAGAAAUUACGAGUCUGCGAAUAGAGCUUGAUCGUGCAAAGCUACUCCGAUACCGACUUCUCGCGCUAGCAGAAAUGGAUAGUCAGGAGAAAGAUUGUGAGUUAGAACUCGAGUUGGACUGGGAAAAGAUCAACGUUCUGGAAACUGAAUUCGCCAAGUCCUUUGAAAUCAGAAAACAGCGUUGGAUCCAUAUUGCUACGAAAGAUAAAUUCGCCGGAGAUAUGUUCAAGGAGUUGUCUAAUAAAGGAUACUCAAUCGAUGCGAUAGCAGUGGCUAUGGCUCACGCUUACGAUUUAUUGUCCGAGUCUGUGAAAGCUUCAGCUAACAUGAUAGAUGGCUUGAAAUCCUAUAAAAAUUAUCGUUUAACGCAAUCAAUUGAUGCGAAUGAUGUUAUAUCGGCUUUGUUGAAUGGCAGUAAUAUUGAUUUUAAAGUAGGCACAUUAAAAUAAUUUGGUGUGAAAUUUUGUAAAAAAAUAAGACGAGUUUUUUUAAAUACUACUUACUAAGAAAAAAUUAAAUUUCUUUUUUGAUUUUCA